AUGAGUGGCUCUACAACUUCCAAUAAUCAGCAGCCUUUCAAUCAUCCCGGUGCUUCUCAUACGACUCGUCAAACUGCAAGAGGUGACCCCCAACAAUCCAUCAACAACAUAAGCAAUGAUGAAAAUCAAACGAAUUCGAAUGGCGGAUAUCGUAAUCUAAACCAUAGGGACCUGACCCAGCAGACAUCGGGAUCAACGAGGCCAUUUAAAGCGAUCCCCUAUACAUAUGAACAGCAAGAACGAAUUCAGCAAUUGCUUGACAAAGUUUUGGGACCAGAAUACGUUAGUUUUCGUCCCGGCGGCGGAGGACAAAGUGUAUCAUAUAUUGAAGGAUGGAAGGCGUUAAAUCUAGCUAAUGAAAUAUUUGGGUUCAACGGGUGGAGCUCGGAGCUUAUAAGCUCUCAAGUAGAUUAUUUUGACACGCAUGGAAACUCUGGUAGAUUUUCUAUGGGCCUUUCUGUUGUCGUAAGAAUUACUAUAAGAGAUGGCACCUAUCAUGAAGAUUUUGGGUAUGGGUAUAUUGAUAAUGCCAAAAGUAAAGCUAUGGCUUUCGAAAAAUGUAAAAAGGAAGCAUUCACUGAUGGUUUAAAGAGAUGUUUACGAUGUUUUGGAAAUGUUCUUGGGAACUGUUUAUAUGAUAAAACGAUAAUUUCUAAGAUGCAAAAGGUGAAACUUCCCCCUGUUCAACUAGAAGACGAUAACUUUCAUAGAGAUCCUAUGUUAGUCAAAAGAGAAGAAAGAAAACGACAAGUACAACGUGUUAAUGUACCGGAGUCUACUCCAUCAAAUGUGGUCAAUAAAAACCGUGGUCAGCAUGAGAUAAAUGGGCGUAGUGAAGCAAGGGAUCAAGAAAAUAUGAGAUAUAAGAAGGAGGAUCGUGGGAGUCACUUAAAGAAAAAUGCAGAAAUAGUAAGCGAUUUUGAUGACUCGUUUGUAUUCAGUGAUGAUCAACCGGUAGAUAUCGAUCAUGGCCGCAAAGUUGCUAGAAAAAAUGAAAUAGAUGACGACGAAUUAGAAAUGAUCUUUCACGAAGACAGAGAAUUUAGUCAAGAACAACUGAAUAUGGAUGAUAGCCCUGGGAUUCGGAGAAGCGCUUUGGAUACUGAUGUGUACUCCUCUAGUGAUGCAACUUCAAAUAUAGUUUCAAAUUUGUUGACUGAUAAUUUAGCCACUCCUCAUCAACAAAAAAUCGCCUCAGAAGCUCCUCUUUUUGUGAGUGCCAAAAAAGCAGAUCUUAUUCAAAAAGGAACCGACGUUCAGGGAAGCAAAAUUCCAGAAUUUGAUCCGAAGUUUGUAUCACCAAAUAUAAGAAGGACAAUUGAUCCAACAAAAUCAGUCCCAGUAAAAAGGUCAGAGGUUUCAGCACUUAACAAAUCCACUAAUAAACCUGAUGCACCAUCAGUCCUCAGGCAAAGUAAUCGUCUCAACCUGUCAUCAUCUUUAAAGCUGGUAAAUAAUUCUAAUUUGGGAAAACGAAUGGUUGGCUUGCCUCCGUCGCAAAGCCAACCACAGAAGAGACUACGAAGAAAUCUAAACAGUGAUAAUAGUGAGCUGUUAGUUGAUAAAGAAAAUUAA